UGUUAUUUGACCUAACAAAUUUAAAUAAUUCCUAUAAAUCGAGAUUUUAGAGAACAAUAUUCUUUUUGUUGUAUCAUUCCGAACAAUUCUCGACCAGUUGAUCAGGAAUCCUCGCCGUCUUUUCCAUUACUCACCAAAAUCAUUACGCUGAGUCAUGUGCAGUGCGAAAGUGGAUUCCCUUAAUAAUUUAAACGGUAGUAAUACCCUUGAUCAAAUGAUGGAUGACGGAGCUACUCAUCAACCUGCAGCACAAAAACCAGUAUGGUGCGCGAGAAAACAGGCUGUCGUACAAGACGAAAUAAGGAAAAUGAAUCAAUUGCCUGCAAACAGUACCUAUGUUGCACAUCGUUUAAAAGUUCUGAAUAAAAUUAUGCAACUUAUGUCAGUUCAGAGAACUAUAUCUCAGGAGCAGGAGUUGGAGUUGCUUUUUGCUGGUUUGUCUUUGUGAAAGAAUAUCAACAAGCAUGCUGGGCCAUUCGUACUAGUAGACUGAUUGAUUAUAACUUAUAUAGGCUAUCUAUCAUGUAUAUUAGGCGCAGCCGCGCAGGCAUGCUUGGAGGUUAUUACUUAGAGUUUAAUUUUCAUAAACCGUUAUAGGCACAUCAAAGCCAAAUAUGUGCAUGACUUUAAAGUGGUUUGUGUAAAAGUCAAAUGUUCCUAAUGAUAUUGUUUGACAGUAUAAAUCUCUUUACACUGGUGACAAUGUAUAAUGCAUAUGAAUUAAAUCCUAUAACUUGUUAGUAUUUUCAAGCACUAUUGGUGCUUAUCA